AUGAGCUUGAGGGGUCUCUGGGGUGUUUUUCGAGGUGCCACUUGUGGGCCUUUGGUGUACAAGUACUGCAGUUUCAGUUCGCCGAGAGACCUUUCACAGCAUCACCAACCUAGUGCAUCUAGCUGGGAUCCAGUCAGCCUUCAAGACAGAUUCCUGCAGCAUGGGAUCAUGUCUGACCAUGAUGAGUCCGUCGAGCUGCAUCGGGAUGCAUUACUUCUCCGUCCCCCCGGUCAUCCAAGUCGAUCUUCAUCUCUGAACAAUCUUGCACUCUACCUUCGAGACAAAUUCCUGCAGCGUGGGAUCAUGUCUGACCUUGAUGAGUCCGUCGAGCUGUAUUGGGAUGCAUUACUUCUCCGUCCCCCCGGUCAUCCAAGUCGAUCUUCGUCUCUGAACAAUCUUGCACUCUACCUUCGAGACAGAUUCCUGCAGCGUGGGAUCAUGUCUGACCUCAAUGACUCCAUCGAGCUGCAUCGGGAUGCAUUAUUCCUCUGUCCCUCUGGUCAUCCAGAUCAAUCCGUGUCUCUGAACAAUCUUGCACUCAGCCUUCAAGACAGAUUCCUGCAGCGUGGGAUCAUGUCUGACCUUGAUGAGGCCAUCAAGCUGCAUCGGGAUGCAUUACUCCUCCGUCCCCCUGGUCAUUCAGAUCGAUCCUCAUCUCUGAACAAUCUUGCUGCCAGCCUUGGAGAUAGAUUCCUGCAGUGUGGGAUCAUGUCUGACCUCAAUGACUCCAUCGAGCUGCAUCGGGAUGCAUUACUCCUCCGUCCCCCCAGUCAUUCGGAUCGAUCCAUGUCUCUGAACAAUCUUGCUGCCAGUCUUCAAGACAGAUUCCAGCAGCGUGGAAUCAUGUCUGACCUCAAUGACUCCAUCGAGCUGCAUCGGGAUGCAUUAUUCCUCUGUCCCUCUGGUCAUCCAGAUCGAUCCGUGUCUCUGAACAAUCUUGCACUCAGCCUUCAAGACAGAUUCCUGCAGCGUGGGAUCAUGUCUGACCUUGAUGAGGCCAUCAAGCUGCAUCGGGAUGCAUUACUCCUCUGUCCCCUCGGUAAUCCAGAUCAAUCCUCAUCUCUGAAUGAUCUUGCACUCAGCCUUCGACAUAGAUUCCACCAGCGUGGCAAACAGUCUGACCUUCAUGAAGCAUGUAGCUUAUAUUCUCAACUCUCACACCUAUCGCAUGCAGCAUCUCGCACAGAUCUUCGUGUUGCUAAAUCAUGGGCGGCCUUCGCUGAUACCCUCAAUCACGCCUCUGCAUUGCUUGCCUAUCAGACUGCUUUGAAACUCCUGGAUCAACAGGUUGCUCUCUUGUCGCCUUCUUUCCAUCGUUUCGACGUCAUCAGGGAGGCUGUUUCUUCUCUUGCCACAGAUGCUUUUUCAUGCAGUGUUCGUCACGGUGCUCUGACGACUGCAGUGGAGCUGGUGGAGCAAGGUCAUGCAGUGUUCUGGACCCAGUUGGCAUGCUUCAGCACGCCCCUGGAUGAACUUUCUGUUUCAGGUGAUACUGGUGUGGCCUUGGCAAAAGAGUUCAGACUGUUGAGUUUCCGCCUUUGUAACGCAUUCGAUCAGUCUACUGAAGACCAGUCUCAGCAAAUUCGGCAACUGACCAUUCAAUGGGAUGAUGUGGUUUCACGGAUCCGCAUGCUUCCCAACUUUUCUCGGUUUCUCCUCCCUCCCCUUUUCUCUGACCUACAGAAGGCGGCUGAAGGCGGUCCUGUCAUCGUUGUCAAUGCUAGUCAGUAUUGCUGCGAUGCCUUGAUUGUCUUGAGCGAUCAAGAUCCUGUCCACAUUCCGAUUGAUAUCACGCAGACCGAAGUUUCUGAUUUGUCCUCCGAGUUUCAGUCCCUUACAAAGGAAUUUGGUUCCUUUGAUACUCAACUUCAGCUUGUCAGCAUCCUUCGUAAAAUUUGGCACAAGGUCGUUAGCCCCAUAGUACAAGCCCUUAGGGUGUCAAAUGUUCACCCUAGUUCACGCAUCUGGUGGUGUCCCACUGCUGAGUUCGCGCUGCUUCCCCUACAUGCAGCAGGAGCUUACGAGAAGAAGAGAGAUAGUCUGUCUCAUAUCUACAUCUCUUCGUACAUCCCCACUUUGGCGACACUUGUUCAUGCGAGACAGCAGGUUUCACCAGAUGCGUCCCCGCAACAUUUUGUUGCAAUUGGUCAAGGAAAUCCCGAUGGGGGGAAGCCACUUGAAUGUGUAGCUCCCGAGCUAGCCGUUGUCUCCAAGCGUCUUGCGCCCGUCGUGUCAUCCUUCACGCGGCUCGAGGACAGCGAUGCGAUGGUUGAGGGUGCAUUUGACGCACUGAACCACAACCAGUGGCUUCACCUGGCCUGCCACGGAAUGCCUAAUCGACAACGGCCAUUUGAAUCUUCCUUCGCAAUGCAUGAUGGACCGUUGAUGAUCAAGGACAUCAUCCGAUCCAACUGGCAGGCCCCGCAGUUUGCAUUCCUAUUGGCUUGCCACACUACCGUGGGCGAUGAGAAGAGUCCCAAUGAGUCGAUCCAUCUCGCUGCCGCAAUGCAAUUUUCUGGAUUUCGUAGCGUGAUUGGUUCCAUGUGGUCUGUCGACGAUGAGGUUGCGCAGGAGGUUGUGUCUGGUUUCUACGACAACCUGAUAGAUGACUCGGGGAGAUUGGACUGCACGCGCGCUGCGAUGGCGUUGCACAAGGCUUUGAAGAAAUUGCAGCACAGUGAUAUUCCAUUUGAACAACGGAUUGUAUUUGUUCACAUAGCUAAUUCUAAUAAGACACUGUGGAAAGGAAAGCCUGUGAAUUUAAGUAGGAGAAAACGUUGA